UGAACUAGUAGUAUAAAAAUCGAAUACUAAUUCUUUGAGGAAUCCUCGUUUAGCUUGUCAUGUUUUUGUUAAUUAAUAUUUCACGAGGGGAAACUUUUGGUUCAUUAGUUGUCUAUAUUUAACUCGAUUUUACUGUUUCAUACGCUUAUUUAUAUCUCAGUAAAUUGCAUUAUGAAAUUAUUGUAAACAAACAACUCCAUGCUUUGUGACGAGCAGAACUAAUCGUUACACACUGUAUCUUAUUAUGAAUUUAGUAGAUUAAAAUAAUUGUUUUGGUUGAAUUUUCUCUGAAAUAUAUUUGGUUUCGAUUGUGGGUAAUAAUGUUUGGAGUGUAGAGUUGGCGGUGGUAGGCGGCGCCCGUAGUUCGAGAUGAACGAAGCAGAACAUACCACUAUAUGAGUUGUGUGGAUUUGUUGGUUGUGAUUGUCAUGUAAGUUUUGUGAAGUUUGAAAGUCAUAUAUUUUCGCGUUUUAAAUGGGGAAAUGAAGGCAACGAAAUCGAAAUCCUUGGUAUACUUUCUUCACGUUGUUGAAAUGGUACUUGUUCUGUAAUUAUGGUGGGAGAGCAAUCCAUGGAAUGUAGAAACAUUCUUAAAUGUCCUUGAAUAAUGUAUUGAAACCGAAGCUAACUUCAAACCUCAUCGAGCCACGUGAACAAAGUGGUUGGUCUCGAGCUACUGCUGCACGAAGAAAAUGUGACUGAUGUUCCGGCAUUUUGUAGAGAAAGGUAUGCAUUUUGUAAUGGAUGCAACUGUGGGCUCUUCAUUAUUUUCACCAAUGUUUCUUUUGUUACUUACAUUGCCGUCAAACCCAUCUGCAACGCUACCAGAACGCUGCAACGUUAGUCGAGAUGUUCACUUAAGCGACGACAUCUGCCUUAUAUCAUCGUAUUCGAAUUCCUUGAAGAAAAGAGGAGCAACUGGCCUCAGCGAUAGUGUGAUAUCACCUGAAGAUAUUGAUUUUAUCCUACGAGAUCGUACAAGCGGUAUUUUGGAAGUCAAAUUUCCUAUUUUGAAGAAAUAUGUAGCGUAUGAACUUCGAUUAAACGUUAUUGAACACGUAAGGAAUCAAGAGGAAUGUAAUAAAUAUGUUGAUCUACAAGAUUAUCUCCUUCAUUCCAUACGCCAAUUUGAUGUCUUCAGCUGCAAAGAUGAUUUAGAACAAAAGCAUUGUGACUCUGCUCCGGCAUGCACGAAGUACACUUCUGUUAUUUUCUCUCAUGUGUUUGGAGGUUGCUAUCUUCUGCACAUUACUCCAAAAAAUAAUAGUAGUUCAGGGCAACCGACUACCCGUCGCAGGAUGAUUAAUUCUGAACACAAGAAAACAGUGAUAUGGAACAUGAAGCCGUCUGUUGCUGACCAAAGUUAUCCCGAUGAG